AUGGGCCAUACUAAUCCACCGACCGGCGCAUCCUGUCCUGGCUCGGUUCCCGGCUCCCGCAGCCAAACCCUCAAGCACAGCGUCCAGGCGGUGUUCGAAGGUAAUAUGCGGACCUCUUCUCACCUCACGCAGAACCGGCUAACGGGCUCGGCCGUAGACCGCGGCCACGGGCACAUUGCCUACCAACCCAAGGUGCGCGUCACCGACAAGUACAAGGUCGUCGGCUUCAUCAGCAGCGGCACCUAUGGCCGCGUGUACAAGGCCCUCGCCCGCGGCGGCAAGCCCGGCGAGUUCGCCAUCAAAAAGUUCAAGCCCGACAAGGAGGGCGAGCAAGUCACCUACACGGGCAUCUCCCAGAGCGCCAUCCGCGAAAUGUCCCUCUGCACCGAGCUGAGGCACGAAAACGUCAUCAAGCUCGUCGAGAUCAUGCUCGAGGACAAGUGCAUCUUCAUGAGCAUCAUGUUCCAGCUGCUCAACGGCUGCCAGUACCUGCACACCAACUGGGUCCUCCACCGCGACCUCAAGCCCGCCAACAUCAUGGUCACCUCGGCCGGCGAGGUCAAGAUUGGCGAUCUCGGCCUCGCCCGCCGCUUCGACAAACCCCUGCACUCCCUCUUCAGCGGCGACAAGGUCGUCGUCACCAUCUGGUACCGCGCCCCCGAGCUCAUCCUCGGCAGCCAGCACUACACCCCCGCCAUAGACAUGUGGGCCGUCGGCUGCAUCUUUGCCGAGCUCCUCUCCCUCCGCCCCAUCUUCAAGGGCGAGGAGGCCAAGAUGGACAGCAAGAAGACGGAGCAGUGGCCCCUCCUCGCCGCCAUGCCCGAGUACCUCCAGCUCCGCACCCUCCACACCAUCACCCAGGGCCAAACCAGCUCCUUCGCCGGCCUCGCCAACUCCACCUCCCCGCUCGCCUCCCUCAGCGCCGAGGGCUACGACCUCCUGUCCGGCCUGCUCGAGUACGACCCCGAAAAGCGCCUCACCGCCGCCCAGGCCCUAGAGCACACCUUCUUCAGCUCCGGCGACCGCCUCGUCGCCAGCUGCUUCGAGGGCCUCCCCAACGAGUACCCCCGCCGCAGGGUCACCCAGGAUGACGACAUUCGCACCAGCAGCCUCCCCGGCACCAAGAGGAGCGGCCUCGCCGACGACUCCCUCGUCAGGCCGGGGAAGAGGGUCAAGGAGGCGUAG